ACUGAGGUCCAUGUGACACUUUUAUAAAGAUGGAGUUUAUUAAAGAGGAGAGAGAAGAUGUGAAGAUUGAAGACACAUUCAGAGUCAAACAUGAAGAGACUGAGACACGCAAUAUUAUAAAGAUGGAGUUUAUUAAAGAGGAGAGAGAAGAUGUGAAGAUUGAAGACACAUUCAGAGUCAAACAUGAAGAGACUGAGACACACACUGUUAUAAAGAUGGAGUUUAUUAAAGAGGAGAGAGAAGAGAUGAAGAUUGAAGACACAUUCAGAGUCAAACAUGAAGAGACUGAGGAACAAACAGGAAGAGGAGUGUUUGCCACACACCCCAUUGAACCCGGGGACUUCGUGUUGGAGUACAGGGGUAAACUCCUCACACAGGAGGAAUGCAAGUCAAGAAAAUACUCAGAGAGUGAAAGCACAUUUCUCUCUGACUUUCAGUGGCAGAAUCAUCACUUAUGCCUGGAUGCAUCUAAAGAAGAUGGAUCUCUCGUAAGAUUGGUCAAUGACAACCACAAAAAUCCAAAUUGCGUUAUGAAAAAAAUCAUAGUUGACAACAAACCACAUUUGUGACUUUGUUCUCUGAAGAAAAUAGAAAUAGGAGAUGAAAUUGAUUACAACUAUGGUGAUUCAAAAUAGCCUUGGCGCAGUAAGUUGAAAAAAACCCAAGCUCCAGCUGCAGCAGUAGAGAACGAGACCAGCCCUGUUCCUAAGACGCUUAAUGAUAGACCAAACCCAGAUCAGACCAGCACACAGGUAAAAGUACAUUCAAACACAUUCAUCUAUGCUGACAUGUAUGUGGUGGUGUUCUAUUACUAAAGUGGACCAAUGCUUAUGUGGCUUUAUAUUGGCUGUUAAAGGCAAGGUAAUGUCACACACACCGGCAUGUUUCCAGUCAUGUUCUUAUGGAGUUCUUCCAUCUUCCAAAUACCUUUGUUUCUCUAGUUUCUCCUUUACACACUCAUAUGUCUGUAGUCUGACCCAUGUGAAGGCCCUUCCGUCCAGUUCUUACUGUAAUUGUUUUUAAUGCACUAUGGCAACACCUGACAUGACCUCAACUGUGAUUUUAACAAUCGUUAUU